AUGGCCGAGCCGUCGGACAAGGCCGUCAAGUACUACACCCUGGAGGAGAUCCAGAAGCACAACCACAGCAAGAGCACCUGGCUGAUCCUGCACCACAAGGUGUACGAUGUGACCAAAUUUUUGGAGGAGCAUCCUGGUGGGGAAGAAGUCUUACGGGAACAAGCCGGAGGGGAUGCUACUGAGAACUUUGAGGAUGUUGGGCACUCGACAGAUGCUAGAGAAUUAUCCAAGACGUACAUCAUCGGGGAGCUGCAUCCAGAUGACCGACCAAAGAUAACCAAACCCCCGGAAACUCUCAUUACUACGGUUGACUCAAAUUCUAGCUGGUGGACCAACUGGGUGAUCCCAGCCAUCUCUGCACUGGUCGUAGCCCUGAUGUACCACCUCUACAUGGCAGAAGACUAA